UGGCCGUCAGUAGCGUGGGUCCUUCUGAGCUAGUUGCAAGGGUUAAGAAAAAUCGUCCACAAAUUUUAAUUAAAAAAACUCGAUCGCAAACGUAUCAAACGAGUUUUCAGUUAUUUUUUAAACAAAAUAAACCGUGAAAGCGACGCAUUCGAAGUACAUCGGAGUUCGCGAUAUUUUGGUUUUUUUUUGUGGCGAUCGUCGUGUGUAAAUCGCUGCGAGCUUAACCGGCCGGUGGCUUCCAUUGUCCACCGAACAUCGUGUUUCUCAAGAGGAUCCCGAAUUUCUGGGGCCGGAGGGGGCGGAGGACGAGUCGUGAGGGGAGUUAUGAGCAGCUCGUGGUUUAACCAUCCAACGACAUUAUUAUGAAUCUGUUCAACGGCGCCAAUUUAACCCCACGGGCCCCCUCAGUUACCAAGAUGAAGAGGAGAGGCUGCGGUCGAGAGAGUUCGUCCACUUCGUCGUCACCCGUAACGGUGCUUGACAUUUUGCAGAGGAACCAAUUACACGGUGUGAAUAUCACGUCUUCUAGAAGAAGCAAUAGCGACAACGCGUUCCCCCAUCAUGUUUUGUCGUCGGGGACUGAACAAGCGAAUACCACAAUAAUUCUUGAUUCUAGUUCAGAGCCAGAGUCGGAGUCAUCUCCGAAAUGCGAGCAAGGCAGUCGUAGCCCCGAUCGCAAGGAGAGACCAAAUAGCAGGAAAUCCCUACAGUUCUCAUUCUCCCAAGAGCCUCAACAGAGGUUCGGUGAUCCCCCACAGCUGAAAUCAUACCUAAAACCAAGCCCUCGAGAGACUAUUUCCCAGCCCCUAUCCCCCAAAUCCCAAUCAGUAGAGAAGAGUAUCUCCAAAGCGUUCGAUCGUAUCCGAAAAAUUCGCGCUCGGAGGGCAUCCGAGCGCAAAGAGGAUCCCAGGAUGGGUCCCUCCACCAUCCUCAGUACACCAACGAGCCGACCAAGCACCCCCCACGGCGAUGAGUUUCCCAUUCACAUACCGAGUGAUGACGAAGUCAUUAUCGACAAAGAACCCUCCGAGAAGUCUGGCAGGCCCAGACGUAACUUGACCAAAAAGUUCUCCUCUAUUAACUCACCAACUAAUGCUUCGUCGGACGUUGUCGAGCUCUCCGAUGAUGAUGAGACCCCCCCGCCGCCUCCUAAGCCCCCACUCGAUAAACCUGACGAUAAUGUUGACAACAUCCCGACGAUUGACAUCACUGAGAGUGAAUUGGACAAUAAGACGCUGAAUUGCUUUCCCAUGAAGAAGACCCCGCGCGUGAGGAGCAGCAGAAACAGGAAGAGAUCAGAGAGAAAUGAUAAGAUCAAGACGGAGAGUAACAGUGACUGCAUUGUCCUGGAGGAUUGCCCCGGGAUCGCUGAAGACGCCAGGCCACUUCCAAACGCGGAACCUCCCAACAUGAAUGCGUCCCUCCUUGAGGAGGAGGACCUGCCGGGCUUCGGGACAACGGACCAGCCGAGAGGAUUCCGUCAUCACAUCCCCGGAGACAAUGAGGAGGACGUCUGUGAGAUAAACCAGGGUCAUAAGCCGGAAGGUGGAGCUGCAGUGAGCGAGAUCAUCUCUUCGGACUCUGAGACCAACAAGAGCACUCCUGUAAAGGCUACUAAACCGUUCUCCCUGAAUCUUUCUGCUGCUAAGGAAUAUGCUGAGAGUUAUCUGUUGAUGAAGAAGAGGGAGAAAGGAGGGGAGGAAGAUAGCAGGGGCGGGAGGAGGCUGAGGUGCCGGCAGAAGUCGAAGGAAGUUGAGGAGGCUGAGAGUGUUGUGAUAGAACCUGAAGAGAUAUCAGAGGUGCCGAAUGAACAGAUCGGUUCAACUGUCGAGAGGAGUAGCAGUGGCAGUGAUAAGACAGCAGAGAACACUAAGAAGAGUGACGAGGUCAUUCAGGUAGAGGAGCGGCAAGUCAGCGGAGAGAAGAAGAAGCGCGGCAGAAAACCUGGACUACAAGUUGCUUCGGCUGUCGAGGAGAGGAGCAGCAGCGAUAAGACGGCUGUGGAGAGUGAGAGGAAGAGGGACGAGGUUGCUCAGGAGGUAGACAGGCAGUCCAGUGGGGAGAAGAAGAAACGAGGGAGGAAGCCCGGGUGCAAGGUGAAGCCCAGGGGCCAGACGAACUCACAGUUGGCUGCUGAAAAUCCGCCAGAGCCGUAUCAAUACACCAAUACUGUUGGCGGAUUCAUUUUUAACGCCAUGUCGAAGACUCAGGCUGAAGCGAAAGCUCCGAAUCCAGGGAAAGAUGAUCCCGUUGAGAGGAAGAAGCGGGGGCGAAAGCCGGGGGGGAAGAACAGGCCCAAGGCUGAUCGCGAGAGGAACUUGAAGAGCAUUGUGAAAAGGCCGAAGAGGAAGUACAAUGGUAAAUCCAAACUGAAGCUGAAUAACAACGAGCCUGCGGUCCCAGAGUGCUGCUUUGAGAGGUCGUGCUGCUACUUCGCGGGGUGUACACAUGGCAAUAAUCAUAAGAAGCCUGGGAAGCUUCCUUCUCUGCCGGAAGAUACUGAUUUCGUCUUCGCGGAGCAGUUGUAUCAGGAUAAUAUAGAGGAGAUCAAUAAGAGACUGUUGGCGCAGAGGGCGAGUGUUGACGCGGGGGCUGAUUCGUCUGGGGCGAGUGAUCACAAUUGUGACAAGGUGCCGAAAGCAAUAAUCCAAUUCCCCCUGGACGUGGUAGCGAAUGGAAAUGCCUUGAACGGCAAAGAGGUCCUGGGCUUCACAGUACCUCUACCCCCCGGACUACCCGAAAACGACGGUCAAACGUUGGAAACUGCCCCCGAGGACAAUCCCCCCAAACCUAAGAUCGUGCAGGACAAGCUCUUGCCCAAAGGAACGAUCAACCACGUCCUCGCAAAGCAUCUCAAAACCGACGCCCCUCGCUCCACCGACGCCCCAGGUUCCCCGAAACGCGAGAAAUUCGGAAUAAGAUCAACAAUACCCUCGCGACGGUGUCUCAACCCCUCUGCGGAUGCCAAAACCAUUGACUCAAAAAUCUCAUCAGCUUUCGCCAAAAUUUGGAAGAGGAUUCCCGAGAUAGCAGCUCUCAUGGAAUCUCCAUCAAAGCGAAUUUGUCGUGACGAAUCAUUUGAUGAAGAUACCACGGAGAACGAUCAGAUCCUCGAGGAGACAAGACCCUUAGAGAGACGUAAAUCUCACCUGUCGGAGUCCAUCAGCAACACUGAUCUGAAAAAUGGUCACAUUAAGGCAGUGGGGAUGUUAAACGGGCUCUUCAGUGACCCUCACAUCCUCCCUUCGUCAGGAAGAAGUCGUCAGAGUGGCGAAAAGGUCUCUCGAGCAGCUUUCAGACCAGAGAACGGACAACAAAUUAAUAGUAAAAAAUAUGAGGACAAAUUGAAUGAUAAAUCAGAGGAGAGUAUUUCACGUCUGACGAAGGAAAACUUGGCGAUGAUGGACGAAUCCACUGAUGCUCAGGACGGUAUUGAUGUCAUGUCUCAUAUAAUGAGGCAAAUGCAGAUGCCCGGGAAGCCGGUCUUCCCCCCGAUGACUCCCCUGAGUCCUCCCAAAGUGCCUAAGAAGUCCUCAGAAGACUCGAAGAAACACGAGAACACACCGAUGAGUGUGAGGAACAGUCGGAAAAGAGUCGCUGCGGCGAGUGUGCAGGACCUGGAGAUGAAGAAGAGGAUGAAGGGGAAGGGUCAGUGGAGUCUGAAUAACGAUGACGCUGAGUCUACGACGUCCGUUGAGAGUCGUCCCUCAGAAUUCAUCAGCCACCCGAGUCAUUCCAGUUAUCUCCUGAGUAUUUUCGACAGAAAGAGCCCUCCGAGAAAGGAGGAGUUGAUUCAGGCCUGGCUGAGCAAGGAUACUGAAGACUCGAAGCAUGAUGCUGACGACGUCAAGUCUCUCGAGAAUUCACACUCGCCGCAUUCGGCGAAAACCUGUGUGAGGACUCCCGACGAGCGAGACGACGAUUUCCAGAUGGGAGAUACUGUCGACACCAUUCUGGAGGAGUCCAGUGAUGCUGACGAUUGGAUGCUGAAGAUUGGGUCGGAGAAAGAGCAUGUUACUGAGGGCGUUCGGGAGACUGAUCUCUGUUCGGGCUCUUCGUCCUCGAAGACUGUCUCAAACUCUUUGAAGGAGAGCUCUUCUGGCAUCGGGACUGAGAAGGAGAAACAGAGCUCCUUCGAGACCGGCGAUGGGGACGAUGAUGCUCCUGAGGUUUUGACGGCAACAGUCUCUCAGGGGGGCGAUGAUGAUGAUGGUGAUGAGAAGGAAGAUGAGGAUGCUCUGUUUCUGGAUGUUGAAGACGACGACUCUCUGAUGGAUGAAUCCCCGGAAAAUAACGAGAACAAAGAGAGUAAGGUCAAGCAGCCACCCAAGAUAUGUUCUCCUCCCCGAGCAGAGUCACCCCCAACAAUAAAUCCAAACGAAUCACCGCAGAGGAGACCCUCUAUAUUAAAAGCCCCCGUCGUGGUCUCUCGAGGAGAAUCGUCAAAGGCAAUGGCUAGACCGCCCGAUUGGGACGAGGAUGAAGCAUCGACCUCCGGUCUUUACCAGAUGUCGAAUGUCGACAGAUACUGCAGUCAAAACCGUCGGGAAUGCAGCAUUCAGUACUCAGGAGUGGAUGAUCCCGAUGCCUACGAGCCUGGCGACGUGGACGAUCUCUACGAACCGGUGCAAACGCAGGCAGACAAGAUGUUCUUUCCCAAGGACCCAAGACAGUUCUUCAGAGGCUUGUGCUAUGCUUAUUUGAAAAAGGGAAGUUGCACUAGACUGGACUGUCCCUUCGACAAUAACAAGUAUUCCUAUCACCUCCAAAACCUGCCCAAGGCCCCCCCCGCUGUGAUAGAACUAGUCCUCAGCCAUGCAAUCGCAGAGAACUACUUCCACGCUCUCUUGGACAUCUACCCAGAGGCCAUAAAGACACUGCCACUGCAGCCCAUCCAGCGAGUUUGCGCGAGGAUUCGCGUUGAAGCCGAGAAACACAAGACGAAGGUUCAAAUCAACUACUCUGCUUACAGAUUUUAUCAGGACUCCAUGAAGCCCACGGUUGCAGCUCUAUCAGCGAAAAACCACUCCCCCGCGACGAUUAUCGAUAUAUUGUCCAAGGGAUAUCUCCUUCGUGAUGACGACGACAUGAAGAAGCUGAUGAGAGUCCUGAUUGCCUCGAAAAAAAUCCCCCCUGGGCAUCAUUGGGAUACGUUCAAGGAUUUAAUCAAACUAUUAAAUUCAAGUCCUCCGCAGUUUCUGGUUAGUCUGAUUCUCAAUGACUGCAUCAGGUUUGACAAGUCGAGGGAGUAUCUGGUGGAGGUUUACGAGCACGUCAUCAGGAGAAUCCCAGAGCCAUCGCUGCAGGGCAUUGAUCCGGGACUUUUGAGGCCAUUCAGACAAUUUUCUGAAGCUGUGCGGAGGCCGGAGGGGGGAGUGGCAAUGAGGGAGUUAGCUAAUGGGGGGAAUAGAACGCCAAUGCCUGAUGUAGAGCAGGAUUUUGGCGGCGAACGUCAGCAUUGCCCUCAGAUCGCUUCUCCAGACGAAGUUCGUCAUGCUGAGAAGUAUCAAGAGGAGGAGAGGAAGGAGAAGACGGUUACGGAACCGCGUAGGAGGAGCGUUAAAGAGAGAUUGGGGCCUAGGGAUGUGUUGAACAGGCCGAGGAGGAUGACAACCCAGGAACCUCUAGAUUUGAUCCCCAUAGAUCGGAUCAGCAGGCCAAACUCCCUCUACAGGGAAUUCCUGUGGCCCCUCCACUGCGAUCUCCUGACUAUUCAACUGAGUUUGAAGCAUCGAGCCUACGAUCGAGUCAUUGAAACUCUCACCAGUGCUAAAAAUCGAGUCUCAACUGGGAGUCAACCAUUUGCCAAAGGAUUCUAUCACAUCUUGUGCAGGGAAAUAAUCACUUCAGCUGAUCAUUUGGAGGCAGUUAUGAAACGUUCAGUUCAGACGAGGAGUUACAAAGUUCUUCCUGUAUUGUUCGAAGUGGGGACAUACUUAUUAAUCAGAUUAGCUAAUGAUGGAGUGUGGAUAAUUGCUUAUCGUUUAUUGAGAAUCUUGCAGAGAUUGUAUGGGAUCAGAGAGGCUGCGAAAAAUUAUUUUUUAAUGGCCGAAAUUUUCAUUGGCAAUCGUCGACCAUUGCAGGCACUUGCUCUGUUGAAUCAAUAUAAGUUGCUCUCCAAGCAUCGAAGUAAGUGGGCUCUCAGGAGUCAUUCACAGGACAAAUCCCUGAGGACAUUUGUUCUGGGGAAUUUGAUGAUGAGUUUAUGUAGAGAUUGCCCGCAAGAGGCAUUGAAAAUGUUGAAGAAAGUUCUGCAGCAGCAGAUCACCUGCUACGAACCCAUUGAUUUAUCAAAGUACACCGAUGAAAUCUGUAAAUCAUUGCUAGUGUCGAAUAAAAAGGAAGAACUGAUUGAGAUGGCGGGCUUAAUCGUUCAUCACAAUUUGAAUGUUCGACGGUCAACGCUGCGAACACUCAUCGCAACAGUAUUUCAUUCGGACACUUUUUUAUCUCGACAGUUGCACCAAUACGCAACAUUGAUCGGUGUCUACCCAGUCAUCAAUAUCCGGCCUCUCACCUGCAGUCUCGUCCAUUGCGAUUGGACCGAGGAGGAGAUGUUCCUCCAGGUUUUUUCUCUAUUCAAAAAUAUCAGAGAAACGCUCGGUCCCUCGAUUGAACAGGUCAUUCCAGAGAGGGUGCUUAUUUAUCUGAACUUCGAGAUUAUUGCGGAGUUCACUAGCAAUCAUAUUAUCAAGGGUGAGUAUAAUGGAGCCGUUCUAACUCGUGCCAAGGAGAAGAUGAGACGGGCUCUCAAGCGUUUCAAUUCUGCGAUCGAUGUUGCCCAGGACAUUGAGAGGAUCUUGAAACUUUCCAGCGAGACUGUUAUCGCUUUGAUCAAUUCAGAGGAUUUUAUCCGCUUGACAGAGCAAGGAAAAUAACUCAAAGUUUAUCUUACGUUUAAUAUGCGGUUGAACCGUCUCGAUCAAUAAUUUUUCGCUUUUUUUAACGCACUCCUAUUAUUUUAUUAUCAUAAUGAAUUCCGAGGGGGAAUUUUUUCCUUUUAUUCUUCGACACAAGCAGUUUUAUGAAUUUUUAUUAUGCCGAAUGAAACACUUAUCGACUUUCUAUCUUCGUGAAAACGGGUUUUCAAUAAUCAUGUGCUGAAAUUUUACAGCGCAAUAUUUUGAGUCGUUUAAUGGGAAUAGUAUCUGAAGGUUUUUCAUUCAAUUUAUUCAGUUUCUAUUGUGUUUAAUGAGAUAAGCAAUCGUAUUAGAGACUAUUUCCGUUGAUGACUGUGAGUCUUUAUGCAUCACACACUAUAUUAUUAUACUGAAGUGAAGUGAGGGCAAAGUUUAGUUUUUUGAAAAAUUCGUUUGCCCACUUCAUGCACAUUUUUAUAGUUUUUAUUUCGCAGAGUACGACUAUUUGUAUUUUAUUACGACUUCAAAUUUGUUGGACAAAUUAUUUCCAAAUUUUUCAUUUUAUUCAUCGCCGCGAUCAAUCUUAUGUUUCUUACAUCUGUACUCUUAUGAUUUAAUUAUGAGGAUAAAUAAACAGUUUGAAUACUCA